GUCACGCGUCUCCAAUAGCAACGCGGUUUCAAACGGCAAAAUGCCCGCCAACCGUCAGCUGUACUUUAUUUCAACAUUUAAGAGACAAAUGAGGAGAAUUUAAACGACCAUGUCGCUCACGAGGAGCCCCAAACAAGUCGCCAUGGAGACGCCGUUCUCCUCGUUACCCCGGCGACCCUUCGUCUCCAUGGCAACCGCUCCCGACAGAGUCUCGCUGCCCGAGAGCAACAGCCGAGCGGUGAUGUCGGCACUGAGGAGUCUGCAGGAGAAGAUUCGACUCCUGGAGUUGGAGAGGGGGGUGGGGAGACGCCACUUGGAGGAGGGAGGUUACCACGGUAACCACGGUAACCAUGGUAACCACAAUAACCAUCACGCGUAACCACGGCAGUAGCCACGGUAACCACCACACGUAGCCACGGGAGUAACUAAGGUACUACAGAGUA